AUGGGUGAGUGCCCGGCAGGGGCGAGCGGGGCCCCUUGGCCCCCCAGACUGUACUGCCUCUCCGACCACGGCUGCCCUGGUGCUGAGAAGUGCUGCCAGAUUGGGAAGGUCUGGAGCUGCCUCCUGCCCACCACAGAGAGCCCGGGCUACUGCCCCCGUGCUGGCAGUGCCGUCGGGCCAAGCUGUGGGACAAGAUGUCACAACGACACCGCAUGCCACUUGGGAGAGAAGUGCUGCACCCGCGGCUGCUGCACCCGCUGCGUGCUUGCUGAGCCAGCCAAGCCUGGGUUCUGCCCACGGAAGCGUGCCCAGAGGAGAGCUGCUGCCUGCCCCAACCUCUGCACCGAUGACCGGGACUGCCCUGGGGAGCACAAGUGCUGCUUCUCUGGCUGUGGGCUGGCCUGCACCCCUCCAGACACAGCAAAGCCCGGCCUGUGCCCCGUGGUGCUGCGGGGCUCCUUGGGGCCCUGUCUGGAGCUGUGUGACACCGACGGUGACUGCGCUGGGGACGACAAGUGCUGCACCACUGGCUGUGGCCACAUCUGCAAACCACCCACCAAGGCAUGGCCAGGUCUCUGUCCCCCUGCAGCAGAGUGUGAUCGGGCAGACAAGUGCCUCCUCCUGUGCCUGCAGGACAGGGACUGUCCCCUUGGCCAGAAGUGCUGCCUGCAGGGCUGUGUCCACCCACUGUGGGGUACAGCGUAG